GGUCACGCUUCGCGGAAAUGUGCCGCGAUAGUUACUGGAAAAUUGUACGCAUAUAGCAUACACAUUUGCAUUAUGCAUCACCUGUCCGGAAUCUUGAAUUGUCCCUCGCACCAAAGGGAUGGAGUUUUAGAUAAAAUGAAAUGUGAGUACCUAGACAUAGAAGGGGACGAAAGACUAUCUGCGACUAAAGCUAUGAACGCCAACUGGAUUCAUUACUAUAGUGUUGUUAAGAAAAUAUCAUCAUUGUCCGGUCAAUGGCCCUAUCAGAAACCAAUAACGAGACUGUUGUGUGCGAUCUUGGUGACUUUGAGCACGAUUUCUAUAAUCAUUCCACAGAUAGCCAAAUUUGUUAGAUGCGACGGAAAUUUGCAAUGUAUCUUUGAGACUAUGACAUCCUAUAUGUUGACAACUGUAACAUUGGUGAAGCUGUAUACGUGUUAUUUCAAUCGAUGUAAAAUGAAAGUUCUCAUUGAUCAGUUAUUUGUUGAUUGGGACGAAUUGGAAACACCAGAAGAAUACGAAAUUAUGAAGAGAUAUGCCAAGAACAGCAGACGAUAUUCUUUGGGAUACUCCUUGUAUUGCUAUUUUGCCGUGUACGUUUUUAUGUCGAUAUCCCUCAUACCACAAAUAUUGGAUGUCAUUUUACCUCUCAACGAAUCUCGCCCUAUACUGCCGACGUACCCGGGAUAUUAUUUUGUUGACGAGAGGAAAUAUUUCUUCUAUAUCUUUUCGCAUGCUAUCAUGGCAUGGGAAAUUGCUAUGAGCGGAAUAGUUAGUCACGACUGCAUGCUCCUAACUUACAUUGAACAUAUCUGCAGUAUUUUCGCUUUAGUUGGAUUUCGAUUUGAACGCUUGAUGUGUAAACAUAAUGACGCUAUGAAUGUUUUACAUUCUCGUACAAGUGACAUGUACCGCAAACAAAUUGCGUUUUCCGUGUAUACGCAUCGAAAAGCUCUAAAAUUUGCUCAACUGAUCGAAGACACAUUUUCGUUAACGCUGGCUAUACAAAUAGCGUUAAAUACAGUAAUGAUCAGCAUUACUUUGUUACAAAUCACGCAGCAGAAUGUUAGUAUUUUGGAAGUGAUAAGGUACGCGAUGUAUGUUGCUGGUCAACUGAUUCAUCUAUUUUGCCUGAGUUUCGAAGGACAAAAACUGAUUGAUCACAGUCUUCAAACGCGCGAUAAAAUCUAUAAUAGUCUUUGGUACGAAACACCUCCAAAAUUGCAAAGGAUGCUUGUGUUUGUAAUGCAAAAGAGUCUUCAACCUAUUUUUUUAAGCGCAGGCAAGGUCUACAUUUUCUCAAUGGAGAACUUCACUAUGAUCAUGCAAACUUCAAUGUCAUACUUUACUGUACUCUCGUCUGUGGAAUAAUUAUAAAGAACGAUCAGUGUCGACAUAUCAAAUUCUACUCAUCCAGUCUGUCCGUAAAUAUAAUUCUCAUAUGACAUUAAGGCAUAUUUGUUAUCAAUUUGCGCGUAAGUAACAUUGUAACAUUUUUUAAUGUAUUUUUUAUCAUUUGUUUGGCCCUAUAUAUUAUUACUUGAAAUUAAAUGGUUACAUUGUGAGAAAAUAUUCAUAAAUCGGAAAUGUUUUGUGUAAAAAUGAGAGAAUAAACAUGUAAAAAUUAUUAAACUAGAACAUUACAGGCGCGCG